UGUAGUUCGCGUCAUGCAGGAAGAAGCGUGCCUUUCCAAAAAUAUCAGAAAACGCAAACACCUGCGCCAGGAUAAAGAAGCUGCCAACGUUUAAAAAACAUGGCACUUUCGCGGUCCCUUUGUUUCAAGCACGGCAGGUUGAAAGUCCGAACCACAGAGGAGCAGGCGGAGGAGAAACGCAAGGAACGCGAGAACAAGAUGAAAAUCUGCUUGGCGUCGAAAGAAGCGUGUUUCGAGAAGAGGAAGAGCAAUGUUUUGGAUGAAGAAGGCCUUGAACUGACGAAACAGCUUUUAGGGGGGAACCCGGACUUCGCUACCUUGUGGAAUUUCAGAAGAGAAAUCUUCCAGCACUUUGAGAAAGAGAAGUCUCCUGAGGAACUGCAGGCCCUCCUUGAGAAGGAGCUGUCCUUUCUGGAGGCUUGCCUCCGGGUGAACCCCAAGUCCUACGGAACUUGGUACCACAGAGGCUGGGUUCUAGACCACAUGCCCAGUCCGGACUGGGCUCGGGAACUGGAACUCUGCAACAAGCUCCUGCAGCAGGACGAGAGGAACUUUCACUGCUGGGAUUACCGCAGGCUCAUCGUUUCUCGCUCCGAGGUCUCCUGCUCUGAGGAGCUUGAGUUCACUUUCAAGCUGAUCAGCUCCAACUUUUCCAACUACUCCAGCUGGCACUACCGCAGCACACUGCUUCCCAGAGUGCACCCUGACACCUGUCAAGGAGCCAGCCGCGCACACGAGGGGGUGCUCUUGACAGAAUACGAGUUGGUUCGAAACGCUUUCUUUACCGACCCCAAUGAUCAGAGCGCCUGGUUUUACUACCGCUGGCUACUGGGGAGAGCAGAUCGAGAGGAGACGGUGAGCUGCUUGUAUGUGAGCCGGGAGGGACAGCGACUGGUUCUGAGUUUCUCCAGACCCGUCAACGUUUUGUCACCUUCAGCAGAAUUGGUUCUGUUUGUGGACAGCCUCCCUCUGAUGGUCAAAUGGAGAACUUCACACCCUAAGCUGAAACACAGUGCGUUGUGGAUCUGCGACUUGCCCACCGGGACCAUCAACGAGGCCUGCUCUGAACACAGCUUCAAAAUCCACUGGAGAAACGGGGUGGUGCAGAGAGAGUGUGUUCUAUACAGAGGUCGCUCUGAAAGCUGGUGCAGAGACUCUGCCACUGACCAGCAGCUCUUCAGGUCUGAUCUGUCUGUAGAGAAGUCCACAGUGCUGCAGUCAGAGCUUGAUUCCUGCACCCAGCUGCAGGAAAUGGAGCCGGAGAAUAAAUGGUGUGUGCUAACCAUCAUUCUCCUCAUGAGGGCGCUAGACCCCCUGGGCUAUGAGAAGGACACUCUGCAGUACUUCAAAACACUCAAGGCUGCCGACCCGAUGCGCUCUGCGUAUUUCGAUGAUUUGCGCAGUAAGUUUGUCAUCGAGAACGCCAUUCUCAAAAUGGAAUACGCAGAGACAAGAGUGGUAGACCUCUCCAAAAAGGACGUGACGGCCCUGUAUCACCUCGACCAGCUCCUAUUGGUCACUCACAUGAACCUCUCGUCCAAUCGGCUCAGGUCUCUGACAGCCCAGGUUUCCAUGCUGCAGUGCCUGGAGGUACUGGAAGCAGAUGACAAUAUGCUGGAGGAUGUGGAGGGGCUGUGUGGUCUGCCCAGACUGGAAGAGGUUUCUCUCAGGAACAACUGCAUUGCAAAGAUAGCUGACCUUCGACCUUUAGCUUCCUGCCCCAAACUCGCCAUCCUCAAUCUCCAAGGCAAUCCGGUUACCAAGGUGACCGACUUCCAAUCGGAGCUGGCCCUUCUGUUGCCUGGCGUCAAGGAUCUCAUUGCUUGAUUAGCUCCUGAUUUCAUCGGUGCCAAAAUCACAUUACACCGUGUAACGCAUUUUUUUUUUGUUCCUGGGCAGUAAGUGUUAUUUCCUAAUUGCUUAUGCCUCAAAAG